CGGCGGGGCGGUGCGGGAGCGGCUUAGUUCGGCGGCGGCGGGCGCUCGGCGGGACGCGGCGGGCGGGCAGCGGCAGCGGCGGCGUCGGGGCGGCCGCGCCUUCGGGAGCGCGUCCGGCAGCGGCUCCGGGAGCGCCUCCCGCCGCCUCCGCCGGCCGGGCCGGACCGGGGCUGCCAUGGGGCGGCCGCUGUGAGCGCGGCGGCGGCGGGGCUGCGCCUCUCGCCCCGGCCGGGGCUCCCCUCCAUUGUUCCCGGGAGCGGCGGCACCGCGCCGCCGCCGCCGCCCGCGGGGCUCCGCUUGUAGGGGCUGCCAGCCCUGCGGAGACGCCGCUGCGCCCGCCCGGGGCCAGCCCGGGGCCCCAUGGAGUGGGAGUGUCGGAGCCCAGUCGCCAGGCAGUAGCUGCAGCAGUGGGAUGUUUACCUGGCGGUGCCUCAUCCUUUGGGCUGUGCUGGUCGCAGCCGCGCUCUCCGCUGCCCGGCCGGCCCCCACCCUGCCCGACCAAGCUCUGCCCAAAGCAAAAAUCGAGGUGGAGUCGCACUCAGCCCACCCCGGUGAGCUCCUCCAGCUGCGCUGCCGGCUGCGGGAUGACGUCCAGAGCAUCAACUGGGUGCGCGACGGCAUCCAGCUGGCCGAGAACAACCGGACCCGCAUCACCGGGGAGGAGGUAGAGGUCAGGGACGUGGUGCCCGAGGACUCGGGGCUCUACGCCUGCAUGACCAACAGCCCCUCGGGGAGCGAGACCACCUACUUCUCCGUGAACGUCUCAGACGCUCUCCCCUCUGCAGAGGAUGAUGAUGAUGAAGAUGAUUCCUCGUCGGAGGAGAAGGAGGCGGAUAACACCAAGCCGAACCAGGCCAUUGCUCCGUACUGGACCUAUCCCGAGAAGAUGGAGAAGAAGCUCCACGCUGUCCCCGCUGCCAAAACAGUGAAAUUCAAAUGUCCAUCGAGCGGGACACCCAACCCCACACUGCGCUGGCUGAAGAACGGCAAAGAGUUCAAACCUGACCACCGCAUCGGGGGGUACAAGGUCCGGCAGGCAACCUGGAGCAUCAUCAUGGACUCGGUGGUACCAUCUGAUAAGGGCAACUACACCUGCAUCGUGGAGAACAAGUACGGCAGCAUCAACCACACCUACCAGCUGGAUGUCGUGGAGCGGUCCCCGCACCGGCCCAUCCUGCAGGCAGGGCUGCCUGCCAACAAGACAGUGGCCCUGGGCAGCAACGUGGAGUUUGUCUGCAAGGUCUAUAGCGACCCUCAGCCCCACAUCCAGUGGCUGAAGCACAUUGAGGUGAACGGCAGCAAGAUCGGCCCUGACAACCUGCCCUACGUGCAGAUCCUGAAGACGGCUGGCGUUAACACGACAGACAAAGAAAUGGAAGUCCUUCACUUAAGGAAUGUCUCAUUUGAGGAUGCUGGGGAGUAUACAUGUUUGGCGGGUAAUUCUAUUGGGAUCUCCCAUCACUCUGCAUGGUUGACAGUUCUCGAAGCUAUUGAAGACACCCCAGCCAUGAUGACGUCUCCCUUCUACCUGGAGAUCAUCAUCUACUGCAUCGGAGCCUUCCUCAUCUCCUGCAUGGUGGUGACCAUCAUCAUCUACAAGCUGAAGAGCACCACCAAGAAGACAGACUUCAACAGCCAGCUGGCCGUGCACAAGCUGGCCAAGAGCAUCCCCCUGCGCAGACAGGUGUCGGCCGACUCCAGCUCCUCCAUGAACUCGGGCGUGAUGCUGGUGCGGCCCUCGCGCCUCUCCUCCAGCGGCACCCCCAUGCUGGCCGGCGUCUCCGAGUACGAGCUCCCUGAGGACCCGCGCUGGGAGCUGCCCCGGGACAGGCUGAUCCUGGGCAAGCCUCUGGGAGAAGGGUGCUUCGGCCAGGUGGUGCUGGCAGAAGCCAUUGGCCUCGACAAGGACAAGCCCAACCGCGUGACCAAGGUGGCGGUGAAGAUGCUCAAGUCUGACGCCACAGAGAAGGACUUGUCUGACCUCAUCUCUGAGAUGGAGAUGAUGAAGAUGAUAGGCAAGCACAAGAACAUCAUCAACCUGCUGGGAGCCUGCACGCAGGAUGGACCCCUCUAUGUGAUCGUGGAAUACGCCAGCAAGGGCAACCUCCGCGAGUACCUGCAGGCGCGGCGGCCCCCGGGCAUGGAGUACUGCUACAACCCCGCCCGCGUCCCCGAGGAGCAGCUCUCCUUCAAGGACCUGGUCUCCUGCGCCUACCAGGUGGCCCGGGGCAUGGAGUACCUGGCCUCCAAGAAGUGCAUCCACAGGGACCUGGCAGCCAGGAACGUGCUGGUGACCGAGGACAACGUGAUGAAGAUCGCUGACUUCGGGCUGGCCCGGGACAUCCACCACAUCGAUUACUACAAGAAGACGACAAACGGUCGCCUGCCUGUGAAGUGGAUGGCCCCCGAGGCUCUCUUUGACCGAAUCUACACCCACCAGAGUGACGUGUGGUCCUUCGGGGUCCUGCUGUGGGAGAUUUUCACGCUGGGUGGGUCACCCUACCCUGGUGUGCCCGUUGAGGAGCUCUUCAAGCUGCUGAAGGAAGGUCACAGGAUGGACAAGCCCAGCAACUGCACCAACGAGCUGUACAUGAUGAUGCGGGAUUGCUGGCACGCCGUCCCCUCCCAGAGACCCACCUUCAAGCAACUGGUGGAAGACCUGGACAGGAUCGUGGCCAUGACCUCCAACCAGGAGUACCUGGACCUGUCCAUGCCGCUGGAUCAGUAUUCCCCUGGCUUCCCGGACACGCGCAGCUCCACCUGCUCCUCGGGAGAGGACUCUGUUUUCUCCCACGACCCGCUCCCGGACGAGCCGUGCCUUCCCAAGCUCCCCCCUCAGCACAGCAAUGGUGGACUGAAGCGACACUGAGGGUGGCACUGCCGUGCCACACUGUGCCACACUGUGCCAUGCCCGUGGACGCUGCCUGCACAGCCUGGUUGUGCUGAGCUGUUGCAGAAAGGGUUCAGAGACAUCCGUAGCAUCUCACGUAACCAAAACCACCCACCUCCUGCCAGCCUCUCCUGCUGCCUCGUGUCAGCUCUCCACAGCCCAAAGGGUUCGGCUCCGCUGGUUUUAUGGCAUUUCCUCCUUUCGUUUUUAAACCUCUUCCAUGAAUUCUGUGCUUGAGUAUCCCCACUUGGCUGAGCUGAAAUCCUCUCCUGUGGGCAGUGCAUGGCCAAAGAGCCAGCCAGGCGUCCUGGGAUGGCACCUCCUGGCAGGGCACAGAGCUGCUGUGCCACUUAGAGAACCUGGUAAGCCGGGAGCAGCACCCGGCUCCUGCGGCUGCACAACGGGGGAACUUUGGUGUGCCAGGAGCCUCUCUGGUGUGCCGGGAGCUUCACUGGUCUGCCAGGAGCCUUUCUGGUGUGCCAGGAGCUUCACUGGUGUGCCAGGAGCUUCACUGGUGUGCCAGGAGCCUUUCUGGUGUGCCGGGAGCCUUUCUGGUGUGCCAGGAGCUUCACUGGUGUGCCAGGAGCUUCACUGGUGUGCCAGGAGCCUUUCUGGUGUGCCAGGAGCUUCACUGGUGUGCCAGGAGCCUCUCUGAUAUGCCGGGAGUCUUUCUGGUGUGCCAGGAACCUCUCUGCUGUGCCAGGAGCCUUGGUGUGCUGGGACCCUCGGUGUUCCUCGUGGGAUCCCGUGGUGUGGGGCUCCCUCUGUGCCCAGGACGCCCCCAGGCCGGUCCUGCAGCCCCCAGGGCCAGCUCCAGGGGCUCUGCUGAGCCACGCCCGGCCUGUCCGGGCAGGAGCCCUGCUCUGCUCAGAGGCGGCCGAACCCACCUGUGCUAAACCCAGAGUCCCGUGUACAUAACGAAAAAUAUGUAUAAAUAUGAAUAUAUAUUUACAUGUCUUUUUAAAAAGGGUUGUUACCAGAGAUAUACCAGUUUGGUAGGAAGGUACUAGUGGCUGGUAGAUAUCAGUUGCUAUAUAAAAAAAAAAGUCAUAUAUUUUGCUAUUUUUGCUGUUUUUAUUUUUUUAAAUUAUGUUCUAAACCUAUUUCAGUUUAGGUCCCUCGAUAAGAAUUGCUGCUGCUGCUUCAGUUUUAUAUGGGGUUGUAUUAAACAAUAAUAAUAAUGUGUCGAUGCCUUUUGGGAAUCCGUUGUCAUUACGUGCCUGGCCCUGCCCUGGCCCCGCGUCCCCCCUGCUCCCUGCCGGGGCUCCGGCGGGGCCGUGGCACCGCCUUGGGGUGCGGGUGCGGUGCCCUGCGGGGCUGCCCCCGGCCCCGCCGUCCCCUCCCGUGGGGAGCAGCGGGGACGCGGCUCCCGCCGGUCUCGGUGCCCGCGGUGCCCCCGCGCAGCCGCCGCUCCCCGGGCAGUGCCCGCCAGUGCCUUACCGGGGGCGCCGCCGCCCCCGCUCCGCCCGUCCGCGCUCCCCGGGCCGUCCGUGUGCCGGGGCUCCGCUCCACCGAGCGGGACCGGGGCCGCCCGGAGCCCGUCCCUCCCUGCCGCUGGUGGCGAGACACCGGAGCCAGGCCGCUGUUACUUGAAAAGUUUAUUUUGCCUUUGUAUGGAGAAAUAUUAUUUGUUGUAAACUCUUCUGUAAUGAAUCUGGAAUUCUUGUAAUUAUUAAAGACUUUAACCGCGA